UAUUUUGAGGGAAAAUUCUUUUAGUGGGCUAGUGCCUUGUCAGUUGUGCAGCCUCCAAAAUUUACACAUAUUAGACCUAUCACACAACAACUUUUCUGGACCAAUACCAUCUUGCCUUGGUACAAUGGCAUUCAGAAGCAAUGAAUCACAAUCCCACUUUCUAUUUCCACACAGUUGGGUCUAUAUCACAUUCCUCCAGGAAUUUCAAAUAAUUUUGUUUUCAAAUUUCUUUAUUCGGCUAUCAUUCAAUUCUACUAUGGAACUACAAGAGGAAGAGUUUACCACUAAAGGCAAUUUCUAUAUGUACCAAAGGGAUCAUUUGGUUUCUAUGACCUUAAUUGAUAUGUCAGCAAACAAAUUGACAGGAAAAAUUCCCCCAGAAAUUGGAAAUCUUAGUGAACUUGUAUCUCUAAACUUAUCCUACAACCAACUUACUGGUCCGAUCCCUGCAGCCCUGUCAAAUUUAUCUCAGAUUGAGAGCCUUGACAUAUCCCACAACAAGUUAAGCAGCGGCAUUCCUUGGCAAUUAGAUCAGUUGAAAUUCUUGGAAGUGUUCUCUGUUGCCCAAAACAACUUGUCUGGCUGCAUACCAAAUUUUCGAGAUCAAUUGGCCACUUUUGGCGAGGCUGCUUACGCGGGCAAUGUUGGCCUGCAUGGACCGCCAUUAGAUCAAAUGUGCACUUCUGCCUCAAACACAACAGCACCACUUGAAGAAGAAGAUAAAGAGGUUAGUAGUAUUGAUAAAGUCAUUUUCUAUGCAAUAUCUGCAGCUGCAUAUGUAGGAGGUUUUUGGUUUACAAUAUUUGUCUUGUUUUGCAAUCGCUGGGGACGAAAUGUGCGCGUUAGACUUGACAGUUAUGUUGAUUACUUGUUUGCUGAAAUUUCGAUGGUUGUACGUAAAAUAAUUUCUAUGUAGGCAAUAGACAGAGGACAAUCCAUGUGUAAUAAAAUGUAAAACUUUUUCGAUAUUUAUAGUAAGAACUUCUCUUGUUUAC